CUGCUCUUUACGUCGAAUUUGGGCGGGGUAACGGUGGAGCCGGUUUCUCUGCCCAAUCAGUUUCAGCCAUAUGGCGAUUUGUUUGUUGUGCGACUGGAUGGGACCGGUUUGAGGAGGCUGACGUGGAGUGGGUACGAAAAUGGAACUCCGACGUGGCAUUACGGGAGUGAGCUGGCGUUAUCCGCGAUGAGUUUGAAGGACGAGGUCGCUGGAGAGAAGCUGACGGGAGAGUUUGAUGAACCGCUCUGGAUAAAGUUCAAUUGAUGAUGGCAUGUGCCACGUGUAGGUUCAGCAUUUCCUUUUAUUUCUCAAAAUAAAAAGCAAAAAUUUUCUUAGGGUUGUUGAGUUGAGGUUGUUGAGUUGAGUCAGUUUGAAAAGGAAUUUGAUUCUAUGAUCAAAAAAAGAAAAGAAARAGUUUGUUCAAUUAAUACUUUAUUAAAAAA